CGCUCCAUAGCACUUAAACCCAACACGGAAGUGUAUGAGGAAGCGACAGACAAAAACAAGAGAUAGCCGUGCUACCUCGGGAUAAAAAAAAACAUGAUUACGAAUGUUGUGGUUAGUUUAUAAUAUGAAAAUCUUUUUCGUGACCUAGAAACACGUCCCUCUUUUGUGCCAUUUGGUUAUGUAAACCAUGAAAGACAUAGUUUAACGGUUUACAUUCCUAGAAACCCUGAGUUCAGGUAACUGGCCUACGCCCCUGCGUCAAAAGUGGAAAAAUGUCAACUGAGGAGGGUGGAGAAGGCAAAAAUGGUCCACCUGUGGCCAUGUCGCCUGAAAGAAUGGCUACUGACAAAAGCAGAGAAACCCAGAACCACGGUGGCGUUCAGACAACAGAAGGCACCGCAGACACCAGCACAACAGCAAAAAACUUGGCUUUGCUUAAAGCACAUUCUCUGGAUGUGAAGUUCGACGUCGGAGAGGAGUAUGAUAUUAUAGAAACCAUCGGCACCGGGGCCUAUGGUGUGGUUUCAUCUGCCAGGAGACGGGACAAUGGACAGCAGGUGGCGAUAAAGAAAAUCUCCAAUGCUUUUGAAGUGGUGACAAAUGCCAAACGCACAUUGCGAGAGCUGAAAAUUCUCAAGCACUUCAAACAUGACAACAUUAUCGCCAUCAAAGACAUCCUCCAGCCUAACCUUCCCCACUCUGCCUUCAAGUCUGUGUAUGUGGUGCUGGACCUCAUGGAGAGUGACUUGCACCAGAUCAUACACUCUGCCCAGACGCUCACCUCAGAGCACACGCGCUACUUUCUGUACCAGCUCCUCCGUGGCCUUAAGUAUGUGCACUCUGCCAACGUCAUCCACCGUGACCUCAAACCCUCCAACCUGCUGGUGAACGAGAACUGUGAGCUGAAAAUCGGUGACUUCGGCAUGGCGAGGGGUCUAAGUUCACACCCUGAGGAGUCUCAUUCCUUCAUGACUGAAUAUGUGGCGACUCGAUGGUACCGUGCCCCUGAACUCCUGCUGUCUCUGAAUCACUACAGUUUGGCCAUUGACUUGUGGUCUGUGGGUUGCAUCUUUGCGGAAAUGUUGGGGCGUAAACAACUUUUCCCUGGGAAGCACUACGUCCACCAGCUGCAGCUCAUUUUGUCAGUGUUAGGCACACCUCCUGAGCUGUUGAUUGGUGCUAUUAGGGCUGACAGAGUACGCUCCUAUGUUCAGAGUCUUCCAUCACGGUCCGCUGUGCCUUUGGCCAAACUGUUCCCACAAGCUGAACCAGAGGCUUUGGACUUGCUGGCAGCUAUGUUGCGCUUUGACCCUCGUGAAAGAAUCAGUGUGACUCAAGCACUGGAGCACCCUUACCUGGCCAAGUACCACGACCCAGAUGAUGAGCCGAUUUGCGUGCCAGCUUUUGACUUUGAAUUUGACAAGCUUCCAAUGAACAAGGAACAAAUUAAAGAGGCGAUUUUGAUGGAGAUUCAGGACUUCCAUCAAAAUAAACGGACCUGUCGUCAAAGACUACAGUUCAAGCCCUUGGUGAGGGAGAACGUCAGAGCAACAGCACAAAGCAGUAACCAGUGUAGCACUCAGCCCUCAACUGUUAACCUGAGCAAAUCAACACUGGUUCCAAUGGCACAACAUCCACAAGUAGCACAAGUAAAAUCUCAACAGCAACAAGACCACACACCAGCAAAAGUGAACCACACAUUUACAAAUCAGAUGCAAACACCUCAUGUGACCCAUAAUUUUCCUCUACUCUCUAAAAGUGAAAGUGGCCCAAUUGAUGUGGACAUGCCCAGUGCCAACUCAGACAGCGGUCAGCCAGAGACCAUAGAUUUAACGACACCAGUGUCUAGUCAGGACACUGCAUCAGGAACAAUGAGAGACAGUGAGGCAGAGGAGCAGCUCACCAACAGUCAGGCUCCUCUUACUCAGCCCACCCAGGGCCAGUCCAUGACCCAGACUCCCACCCCUAUUGCUGCAAUACCAGCACAGACCCUGACACCCUUACCCACCACUGUGCCUUCCCUUUCUCUCUCCAUGGCACAGGCCCAGUCCCUGUCUCAGUCCCUUUCACAGUCACUGUCUAAGAACGCCAGGCCUCCUCCAGGUGCAGGAGAGGGAACCAGAAAAGAAGGAGCCAUUUCAGAGGAUACUAAAGCUGCACUCAAAGCAGCUUUAAUGAAAUCAGCUCUCAGAAAUAAAGCCAAGGGUGAUGGAGGCACCCCUGCUCUGGGUAAUGACGCCAGUGCGGGAGGAGGUGCAUCGUGCUCCCUGUCUUCUGUUGCAGAGCCACGUCGGCCUGUCACAGCACAGGAGCGUCAACGAGAAAGAGAAGAGAAACGAAGGAAGAGGCAGGAACGGGCAAGAGAAAGGGAAAGGAAAAUGAAGGAAAAGGAGAGACGAGAGGGAAAGCAGGGGGACUUACUGGGUGGGGUUCUGCUGAGUGACAAUGACAAAAGCCUUUUGCAGCGCUGGACGAAGAUGAUGGACAGAUGCAAUGAGAAAUCACAGAUCCCUAAUAACGAUGGGGUAAAGAAUAAGGACUGUAAUGUGAACUCGCACCAGUGCAUAGUUAUAAGUGAAAAUACUCCAGGAGCACUGAACAAUAAGACAGACAAGGAGGCAAGAAAGCUUCAGUCUCACGAACAGUUAAUCUCUCAAUUAAAAGCUAACCAACAGGGCGUGUUUCAGCCUCCCAACUCACAACAACCAUCAUUACUUUUCUCCAUGAGCCAGAGAAAGCCUCCAGCAGAUAUAGUUGUGGCUGUAAGCGGAGGCAUAGAUAUAAUGACUGUCACCAGUGGCUUUGUUAAGAACAACACACUCAAACCUCACAACGAAAGCAAUGGACAAAGUGGUUUCAACUGUUUGGGGAACUGGACCAGUCAGCAAUUAGAGACAAGGCCACCACAACAGCCACAAGCAAACAGGAAACUGCAGCCUCAGCCGUCCAGCUUUCUUCAGCCCCAGCUCCAACCUCAAACCCAACCUGACCCUCAGCCUCAGUCCCAGCUGCUUCCUCUCGAGACAUAUUUGGCUAAAGCUCCAACACUAAUCACCACAGAGACAAACGGGAACGUGGAUAUUGGAGGCCAAACUAACCUCAACUCCCAGCCUAACCCCCCGACUGCAAGUGCUGGUUCAAUGGAGAAGCUGUGUCCCUCUGUGGGAGAAAAAUCUGAUCCACAGUCUACUAACUCUCUCUGUGGGACAUUAGGGGUCCCCUCGCAGCCUCAUCCCAGUUUAGGAUUCACAGAUACUGGACAGCAAGGACCCUCCACUGCCCCUGACAUCCAUACAGUAACACUGCAGCUCUCAAAGUCCCAGGUAGAGGAUGUUUUACCCCCUGUGUUCUCAGUCACACCUAAAGGCAGUGGGGCUGGGUAUGGUGUGGGCUUUGACCUGGAUGACCUUCUCAACCAGUCUCUCACAGACCUGCAACACUGUGACCGGGACAGUUACGACUCAGCCCCCCUCUCAGCCUCCCUCUUAUCUGACUGGAGCGAGGUUCACCGCAUGACUCCAGCUGAUCUGGAAUCUCUGCAGCAGGAGUUGCAGCUCGGUUCUCCCAUGAUCCUCUCUGAUACCAUUCCUUCUGAUGCCUGACUUUCCUUUCCUGAAAUCUUUAAGACAACCAUUGGACUUGUGUAAAUGUUAGUUUUUUGUUUUUUGUUUUUUGUUUUAGCAUGAAACCCUCAAAUGAAGAUUUGUCAAAUUAAUUUAAAAGCUAGCUUUUUUUUAAUAGGCACUACCAAGCAGUCUUUUUUUUUAAAACCAUUAUUACAUGCUGCGCUUUCUUUAUAAUAAAGAAAACUGUCAUUGCCUG